UGCUGGGCUCAGUGUGCUGCUGGUGACGCUAGCAGUUGGACGUAGGUGUGAGUGCUUGCCAUUGCUCCUGCCACACCUCACCUUGUUCCAAACAAUGAAAGUUGGCGUUAAUGAGAUAUCAAGUGUGAUAACGCCUCUGACUUGUGUUUAGUCGCGUCCACCGCUAUAAUAACUCACCCAUCCACCUGUCAUCAACAUGCAACACCCCCUACACCACAACGAUAUUUUGUGCGGAUUUUAGAAAACGUUAAUUCUCGACUAAGGUAGCAAUUUGCAGAUGUUUAAAUUGCUUCUGCAACCCUGGCGGAGAUAUUUCCAUCAGUGGUGAGCCGUACCUUGUGUUACAGCUGUGUAGGGCGACAGACAGGUGUUUUCACAAGUGUGUGUUUUUGUGUGUGUGUAACAAGUGUUUGAUUAUGGUGCAAGUGUGCAACUUACGGCAGACAUAUCUGCAUUACUCGCUGACUCUACUCGCAAGGACUCACUCAAACACUACACUUAAAACACAUAAGCAGCCUACUACAGCUUCCUCAAUAAUACCAUAACAUACAUUCAAAAAAAUUCAGAAAAUAAGGUAAAACGUGUCUUUGCCACAAAGUCGAGAUAAUACGACCCAGAUCUGGUGUGGAGGACCGGGAGCUACACACCAACUCAGGCCAUGUUAGAGUUCGGUCCUCUGGCCUCUGGACCGGGCCAUGAUGGUCUGGGGUCCGCCAGUGCUGGCUGGGAGGAGACCAUUGACCUCGACUGGCUCACAGGUCAUGAGGUUCGGUAUCUGCUUCCUCCUACCCAGCGUACCAGGUACCAGACCAAGGUGUUCCAGCAGUCUGUUACCAUCCUCAUAAAGCUUCAGCAAAACACAACUGGUGGAGGAGCUUCAGCGGUGGCUGAGCGUGGAGUGUCAGUAGGGCCAUGGAGAGUGCCAGUGGAGCAGCUGCCAGUGCUGGUCGGUACCAUCACUGGUGCCUCUCUCCUCGUCCUCCUCCUCCUCUCUCUCCUUCUCUACACCUGCUGCCACCAUAACCCCUCACACAAGAACUACACCUGAUGUUUUUUAGUGUCUAUUAAGAUCAUGUCUUCUAUUAUCUGAGAGUGUCUUCACAAGCACAACGGUUUCCUGAUGGACCUGCAAUAUAUAAGAACUCAUUUUCCUACUGUUCAUUAAAUUGACGCUUAUUAUCACUUUCUGUUUUUCUUUUGCACUGUGAUAUGUAACUGACUGAAAGAGUAGAGCUUAGGUUUCGAAAAGUGCAAACACUUAAUUGUUCACAAAGAGCUCAGCUCAGCUCUACCACAUGAGUGUCUAUUGUAAAGUGACUGGUAAAAUCGUGUGACGCACUACAACUACUGCUGGUGCCUGGCACCUCAAGAUCAAACAAGUAUCAAAUGUAUACAUUUAUGGGACAAUUGUACAAAAGUCCCUUUUUGUGUAAUGUCCCUGAUAAGGGCAGAACACUAUGUGUAGUGAAUAUAUAGUAACUCAUAGAUGCGGUGUGGGUGUUCACUGCAAUUCGUUCCUAAUCUUACUCACUGAAUAUUUUUUUAAUUGAUAAAAUAUUAAUAUGAAAGAUGACAUUCGUUAAAAGAUGUUCAUAAAGUAAUAAAAUGACUUAAAAUGAUAGCUAAGUUUUAGAUUUAUUCUCAAAGCAAGUCGCUCCUGCCUGUCCCAGCUGCCCAAAUUUGAAUGACAGUGUCUUCCACUGAAGACACUGCAAGACUCCAAGCUGACAUCAACCAAAUCUUUAAUGGGCCGCAGAAAACAAUAUGAAGUUCAAUGAUGAGAAAUUUCAAUUACUCCGAUAUGGAAAACGUGAGGAAAUUAAAACUAUAUCGGAGUAAAAAAACAAAUUCCAGACACACAAUAGAACGAAAAACUAACGUAAAAGACCUGGGAGUGAUAAUGUCAGACGGUCUUACCUUCUAGCAGAUGCGAUAGUAUCUGGAGUUUACCUGGAGAGAGUUCCGGGGGUCAACGCCCCCGCGGCCCGGUCUGUGACCAGGCCUCCUGGUGGAUCAGAGCCUGAUCAACCAGGCUGUUGCUGCUGGCUGCACCCAAACCAACGUACGAGCCACAGCCCGGCUGAUCAGGAACUGACUUUAGGUGCUUGUCCAGUGCCAGCUUGAAGACUGCCAGGGGUCUGUUGGUAAUCCCCCUUAUGUGUGCUGGGAGGCAGUUGAACAGUCUCGGGCCCCUGACACUUAUUGUAUGGUCUCUUAACGUGCUAGUGACACCCCUGCUUUUCAUUGGGGGGAAUGGUGCAUCGUCUGCCAAGUCUUUUGCUUUCGUAGUGAGUGAUUUUCGUGUGCAAGUUCGGUACUAGUCCCUCUAGGAUUUUCCAGGUGUAUAUAAUCAUGUAUCUCUCCCUCCUGCGUUCCAGGGAAUACAGGUUUAGGAACCUCAAGCGCUCCCAGUAAUUGAGGUGUUUUAUCUCCGUUAUGCGCGCCGUGAAAGUUCUCUGUACAUUUUCUAGGUCGGCAAUUUCACCUGCCUUGAAAGGUGCUGUUAGUGUGCAGCAAUAUUCCAGCCUAGAUAGAACAAGUGACCUGAAGAGUGUCAUCAUGGGCUUGGCCUCCAUAGUUUUGAAGGUUCUCAUUAUCCAUCCUGUCAUUUUUCUAGCAGAUGCGAUUGAUAAGAUAAGAUAAGAUUUCUUUCGGAUUUUUAACCCCGGAGGGUUAGCCACCCAGGAUAACCCAAGAAAGUCAGUUCGUCAUCGAGGACUGUCUAACUUAUUUCCAUUGGGGUCCUUAAUCUUGUCCCCCAGGAUGCGACCCACACCAGUCGACUAACACCCAGGUACCUAUUUGCUGCUAGGUGAACAGGACAAUAGGUGUAAGGAAACGUGUCGGAAUUUCCACCCGCCGGGAAUCGAACCCGGGCCCUCCGUGUGUGAAGCGGGAGCUUUAGCCACCAGACCA